UGUCCGGCUCCAAUAUUACGUAGUUAGAAAACUCAAUAAUCUAAGUCAAACAGACACUUAUCAAGUAAACGAAACUCGUAACAAGCGCUUUCUUGAUCGUGAUUAUAAACCAGUCGCAUAGCAAAUAUGGCGCUGUCAAAAAUGUUUACAAAUUCAGUGUUACCCUAAUAUGGAAAAACCCAUACACUUGUUGAAGGCAGGGGUGAAAAAACCCCUCAAUUUAUAAAGACCUAACCUUUCACUUGUCUGCAUAGCUAUCAAGGCAAACACAACACCGGACAGAUGUCAUCAAUGGCUUGUCGCAGACGGAUCUUUUUGAAGAUUUGUCAGAAUCCAUCUUUUUGUUCAACACAGUGUUAUGCUUCUAGAUCAUUUACAACAGAGACUUGUAACUCUCCCGAAACAAACACUGAUGGCGCCCAAAAACACCAAUACAAUUAUACUGGAAGGAGAUAUGUAAGCAAAAUGUACCAAAAUUUAGGAAACAUUUACCCAGAAAGCAGCAAGUUGGUCUGCCAGAGUCACAAGCUUUUCCUAUAUGCCAAUAUCAUACAACAAUGUCACGUCGGAGGCUACAACCUUCUACCAUUAGGUCAAAGGGUACAGGACAAAUUAGUGAAGAUCAUUGAUCAAGAGUUGGAGAGGAUUGGGUGUCAAAAAAUGUCCAUGACAACAUUGGCUCCUGCAAAGUUUUGGAAGAAAACUGGACGUUGGGAUGCCAUGGGAAAUGAACUAUUCCGUUUAACAGAUAGAAAAAGGAUUGAAUUUUGCUUGGGACCAACCCAUGAAGAGGUGAUCACAAACAUACUUGCCACUGGCCCAUUAUUAUCAUACAAGCGCCUACCAAUGAAAAUGUAUCAAAUAACCAGAAAGUUUCGAGAUGAAAAUUCUCCUAAAUAUGGCUUCCUGCGAAGUAGAGAGUUUGAUAUGAAAGAUUUGUACACAUUUGAUGCUUCAUUGGAGGAAGCAACAGAGACCUAUCAUACUGUGUGUACAGCCUAUAAACAGAUCCUGGAUAGGCUAGGACUGGACUAUGAUAUAGUGACUGGCUCUACUGGCAACAUUGGAGGAAGCAUCUCCCAUGAAUUCCAGAUCAGGGCAGACAUUGGAGAGGACACAAUUCAUGUUUGCAAAAAGUGUGGAUUUGGAGCUAAUGCUGAAACUACAGAGGCAAAGAACAAGAUAUGCUCAGAAAAUCCAUGUGAAUUGUCAGUUUCUUCAUCAAUAGAGGUUGGACAUUCUUUCCUGCUGGGAACAAAGUACUCUGAGCAUUUUGCUGCGAAAUGCAUCAACAAAGAUGCAAACAAGAAUUUGUAUCAGAUGGGAUGCUAUGGACUUGGUGUAUCUAGAAUAAUGCAGGCUUGUGUUGAAGUUUUAUCUACAGAGAAAAAGAUAGUGUGGCCCCAGCUACUAGCACCAUACCAAUUCUGUAUUAUACCAUUAGAAUCCAAGAGAGAAUGUCUGUCCAUAGCUGAAUCUCUGAGUGACGAGUUAAACAAACGAAGUGGUCUAUCUGGUGAAGUUGUGAUAGAUGAUCGAGACAAAAAAGUGACUUUCCGAUUGUUUGGGGCAAAAGCCAUUGGCUACCCUUAUAUAAUAACAGUUAAAGACAAGGCCCUUCAAGAUAACGCAGAAUUUGAGGUUAUAAAUACACGUAAUGAUGACUCCACCUUUAUGACACUGGAUCAGAUCAUGGAUAUGGCUUCAACAAUACAGACAGUGUGAAGUUAAAUACAUGUAAUAUUUUAUAGUCAAUAAAUUCAAGUUAUGUA